AUGGAUUAAGCUAUUCUAAUUAAUGAUGAAAAUGAGGAAAAUAAAUAAUAUCAGGUUGAAAUAUCUGUAACAAUUCAACAGGAAUAACAAGAAUAACACGAAAAAUCAAACUCUAAUUAAGCAUGUAAUUUGUGCGAUUAAUAAAAUAUUCCACUUUUGAAUUAUUCUACCCUUGAAAGAGAACUAAAUAUUUGUUAGUUUUGCAAUGAUACUAUUAAUUCUUUUUAAAAAAUCGAUAAAUAGAAUUUAGGAACUUUUCAGGAUUGUAAAUACAGUAAAGAAAUUGAAAUAGAAAUAUUAAAUUAAGGAAAAUUUUAUAAUUUAGAAUAUGGUGAAUGCAAUAUAUGCUCAUCUCCGAAUACUAUUUUAAUAAAAUUAAACUUUUGUAAACAUUAUUGUUGUGACUUAUGCUUAAGUUUUUAUAUAAAUUUAAAUAAUGCUAAUUUCUAAAAAUUAAUGUGUCCUUUUUAGAAUUGCAAAUUUGAGAUAAAUGAUUAUUUAACUUUUUAGUAUUUACAGUACAAUGAGGUUAAAAAUUGGAAUAAAUUUUCAUAUAAUUAAUUUUGUUACUAAAAAAAAUGCAAAGCAAAGUUUAUUUUAUAACCUUAUAACAAUUUGCAGCAAUUAAAUAUUUUUUAAUAUAAUAAUCUCAAUCAAUGUGGAAUGUGUAAAAAAUAGUUUUGUGGAAUUUGUUGGACAAAGCAUGAUGGAAAAUGUGAUUUUGAUAAGCUCUUUUAAAAAUAUAUAAAAGAAUAAAAGCUCUUAAAAUGUCCAUAUUGCGGUAUACUUUCAGAACCAAAUAAUUGUUCAUAAAAUAAUGACAUAUGCAGAAAAUAUAAGGUAAAUUGGCAAUAAUGUUAUUUAUGUAAUCAUUUUUUUUGCUUGGAUUGCAAAAGGCCUUUGGAAUUGUUUGAAUCAAUUUCAAAUUCAGAAACUUUGACGUGCAUCCCCUGCAAAAAAAAAGUAAAAAAUAUU